CCCCUGUGAGCCAGGCCGGGAGGGCGGCCCCCGCGGCUGCUGCUAAUCGUCCUUGCCCCGGCGAGCCUUGCAACUUGGGAGCUGCUGCGUGCGGGCCCCGGGUCUCCUAUCCACCCGGCCACGUCCCCCGAUCGCCGGAACUGUGCGGGAUCGUCCGGGGCUUCGGCUCCUGGAGGAGGAGAGGUGACUGCCCCGGGCUGCUGCUGAUCUCCGACCAAGCGGAGCCAGAAUGUCCCCGGAAUCUAAAAAGCUUUUCAACAUCGUUAUCUUAGGAGUUGCCUUUAUGUUUAUGUUCACCGCCUUUCAAACUUGUGGAAAUGUGGCGCAAACUGUCAUCAGGAGCUUAAAUAGCACAGAUUUUCAUGGCAGUGGAUAUACCAGCCUGGCAAUUAUUUACGGCGUGUUCUCUGCUUCCAAUUUGAUUACUCCCUCUGUGGUUGCCAUCAUAGGACCUCAAAUCUCUAUGUUCGUCAGUGGCUUGUUUUAUAGCAUGUACAUUGCCGUUUUUAUCCAGCCUUUCCCAUGGUCCUUCUACACGGCCUCUGUUUUCAUUGGAAUUGCAGCUGCUGUGCUUUGGACAGCACAAGGAAACUGCCUGACCAUAAAUUCCGAUGAGCACACAAUCGGGAGAAACAGUGGGAUUUUCUGGGCACUCUUACAAUCCAGCUUGUUCUUUGGAAAUCUCUACAUAUAUUUUGCCUGGCAAGGGAAAACUCACAUUUCAGAGAACGACCGGAGGACAGUAUUCAUUGCCCUGACAGUGAUAAGCCUCGUGGGGACAGUUCUGUUCUUUCUCAUUCGGAAACCGGACCCUGAGAAUGUCCUUGGGGAAGAGGAGUCUUGCGAUGACCAGGACAUGGAAGCCCCUGAGUCUGCCCAGAACAAAGUGACGAAGGCAGUAGAUGCGUUUAAAAAGUCUCUGAAGUUAUGUGUCACCAAGGAGAUGCUCCUUCUAAGCGUUACGACUGCCUACACAGGUCUGGAGCUCACAUUCUUCUCUGGGGUGUACGGGACCUGUAUUGGGGCCAUAAACAAAUUUGGGACAGAAGAGAAAAGCCUGAUUGGACUCUCUGGAAUUUUCAUCGGCAUUGGAGAAAUUUUAGGUGGAAGCCUCUUCGGCCUGCUGAGCAAGAAUAAUCGCUUCGGGAGAAAUCCAGUGGUUCUUCUAGGUACCCUGGUGCACUUUGUAGCCUUUUACUUGAUCUUUCUCAACAUGCCUGGAGAUGCACCCAUUGCUCCUGUGGAAGGAACUAACAGCAUUUCAUACAUCAGGCCCAGCAAAGAAGUUGCCAUUCUCUGUAGCUUUCUGCUGGGCCUGGGAGACAGCUGCUUCAACACCCAGCUGCUUAGCAUUUUGGGUUUUCUCUACUCGGAAGACAGUGCACCAGCCUUCGCAGUCUUCAAGUUUGUUCAGUCGAUCUGCGCAGCUGUCGCUUUUUUCUACAGCAACUACCUCCUCCUUCACUGGCAGCUCCUGGUCAUGGUGAUAUUUGGGUUCUUUGGAACCAUUUCAUUCUUCACUGUGGAGUGGGACGCUGCUGCCAUUGUGGCCCGAGGCUCUGACUACUGAAGUAUUCGAUGAGGCCCAUGUCUCCGGGAAACACAGCUGGUCAUAUCGCAGAGCUGGUUCAAGCGGCUGCCUGUCGUUACUGUUGAAUGAUGUUGAGUCCGGCAGAGUUGGUGUAAAGUUUACAGAUCCUCACAGUGUAAAGCUGGAGAAUAAGGGAAGCUUGUCGUCAGUUAUAACCCUCAGAGGUGUUUGCCCACCCACUUUCCUCAGCUUCUUACAAUCAUGUCUCCCUCGUCCUCAACCUCGUCCCUCCUCGUGGGAAGAUUCUGCCUUGAACGCCAUGUGUCACUCAGGAUUCUUGCUAGCUAUGGAGUAUGUUUCAUGACUUAGGACCAGGAAGCAGAUGCCACUCCACAUGUGGAUCUGGGAAGGACUUUCAAAUAGUGAAGAUGCUGAGACACAUUGUUUUGAGAUAGGGUCUCACUGUGUAGCCCAGGCUGGCCUUGGACUUGCAGCCCUCCCCCUGCCUCCAGUGUUGGGUUAUAAAGUGUGCCCAACACAGGGUUUAAAGUGCAGCAGUCUGUUUUGAGAUAGGGUCUUGAUGUGCAGCCUUGGCUGGCCCAGACUCUGUACUCCGUACAACGCCCCUGCCUUUGUCUCUGCAAUGCUGGGAUGGUGAGAACACGCCACCACACACACUCGGCAUGAGACUUUAGCUUCUCUUGAAUUGCUUUGUUGAACAAGUCCUCUUACCCCGCCAUUCCUGGCAAGGAGUGGCCAGUUAUGUGUCAUAAAAUGAAGUAAAGACUGUCAUCUGUUGAUUAAUAAAAGCAUAUUUAGAGAAGUAAAGAA